GUGAAAGCAGAAAAGAGACGUGAGAUGGCACAAUCAAUGUUUGGAAGAGCAGCUGUCUUCGGAACAGCGUAAUUAUGAAUUGACACUACUAAGGUGCUUUAUGUUAAACUUUUAAACAUGGGGAAUUGCUUGAAAAGCCCUACAGCAGAUGACAUUUCUCUCCUGAGAGGAGGCGAUAGUCCGGUGGAUGGACAAGAUCCAACUUUGUUGGGCCCCCCUCCACCGUAUCAGGAGUCGGCACCAGUGUAUCACCCAGCUCCCAACAUAAGCAGACCAGCACACCUACUGACAGAGGAAGAACAGAUCAAGAUAGCUCAGAGGAUAGGACUGAUCCAGCAUUUACCUUGUGGGGAGUAUGAUGGAAGUAAAAAGGCCAGAGAGUGUGUUAUAUGUAUGGGGGAGUUUUCCAUUGGCGACAAGUUGCGCUACCUGCCAUGUAUGCACAUCUAUCACAAAGACUGUAUAGACGAUUGGUUAAUGCGUUCCUUCACAUGUCCAUCAUGUAUGGAGCCAGUGGACGCAGCUCUACUCACAACAUUUGAUGGAUCUAAUUGAUAUAUGUAGAACAUAACGCAAGUGAAAUGAAGGCUCUUUUUGAUACAUACAGGAUAUAACGCAAGUGUAGUUGUUGCUCCAGUGGAGACAGACAUAAAAUGUAAAUCACCAGAUUUGUAUGCAGAGAACACAGCUGGUAACCACAUGGGAGCCUUCAUAGCAAUUGUAGUUGGAAAAAUAAUGCAUAGACCCUAUUAUGAUAUUUUAUGAUACAGUAAUACACAAGAUUUUAUGCCAUUCUGUAUGGUGAAGUCAACCAGGAGAAUGGUGGCAGUGCUGGAGGAGAAGCACUGCUAUCUUCACCUGUACACACAGACCUAGUGGGGGACAGGAACUCACAGAUUACACAUCUAAAAAGUGCUUGUUGUGAUCUAUGUUGCCAUAUGCUGCACUUAAACUACCACUUCUGGUGACAUACACUUACUGUUACAGUGAACAGUGGCAGGCAGAACCCAUAUCUCUGUCCAUAUUUAUGCUUGGGAACUGCUUUGACCUUGACACUGACUGUUCACUUGAAGAUAUAGAACUUCAUGUUUUAUGCCUAGUAUUAAGACUGAUGUGCUAUCUAGCUGGAAACUAUUGAUCUCGAGAAGUUAUACUGUCAGUGUGACAUUCAGUUGAUAUUUGUAUUGUAGGGAAAAAAUUAUCAAUAGGCAGGGUUGACGGGGUUGUAAUUUGAACCAAAAUGUGUAAGCAAUAACGACAGUUUCGGGGAAUUGUGAGGGGCUAUUUUUAAGUUCUGUGAGCUGUAUGGUUGUAGUAUUUUGAAUAAUUGAUUAGAUCUGCCUUCAGCACGCAUCUAUUGUAAAAAGGAUAUAUAUAAAGAGCAGAAAUCAAUUUAUAUGAUAGGAUUCCAAUCUGGUGCCAGGCAGACAUUUUUUCUGGGAGUCAUUUAUUCUGCUCAGUAGAUUUGGUCUUUUUACUUUUGUCUGUUAGGUUACCAAUUAAAAAACACAUUAUGUCAGUUGAGUUACCGUUUAAGUGAUGUGUGUGUGCAUGUGAUUCAUUGUGACAGAAAAGGAAAUGGAAACCACAGUCACCACAAAGCAGGAAAUUCUCCCUCUCUCUCUCUCAUCUGUUUCCACAUUUUAGUUUGAAGAAAGGACUUCUAUCUUUGUUUAUUUUGUGGUCAGCACAAAGUAUGAUUUGGUUUGAGAUGUGCAAUAGAAAGAUGUAAGUCCAUUUUUAUUAGACUAGUAUGAUGUUCUGGUAAAAUGUCAUUAUUGUGGUAAGAUUUGUUUCAUAUUAGACAAUAUACUCAAAACUAGUUGAUAUGUGAAUGGAUUGAUUGAAGAUGCAGUAUUAGUAACUGUGUUGUAAGGAAAGCUGGCUUUUACAUGGAUUUCAUGACGGAAUUCUUAUAGCAUCACAUAUUCAGGAAUUGUAAUUUCUUAGAUUUGCUGUUCUAAAAUGGACCAGCUCAACAGAUGAGUGACUUGAGCUAAUUGCAUGCAGUGGCAAGAAAAUGGGGAUUUAUGAUUGACUUAGAUGAACACUUUAGCUGGCUUUGACUGCUAAAAAACAAAUUGUAUACAGAAAUUAUAAAUUUGAUUAACAAAAUAAUCUUUUGCUUUCAUAGAAUGCUUUUUAAAGCUUAUAUAAAUUAUUCUAGAAGGCUGUUAUUAUGUUAAGUCAUUGUUUAAUCAAGUAAUAUGUAUUAAGUUAUUUAAGAAUUGAUUGAUUUUCAAGUUGGAAAAAAUACAAGGAAAUACUUCUAAUAGACUGGGAAAAAUAGAAGGAAAUACUUCUUAAAGACUGGACAUUUAUAUAAAGCUGGAAUUGAAAUUGGUAUAUUUGCAUUUAAAUCCUUCAAUACAUCAUAGAAUACUGGAGACGGAUUUAUCUGGGACAAGGGAUUGAUAGAGUUAGUUUCAGAAUGUUACUCUCUAUAUUUUAUAACAGGUCAUUGUAUUGUAGGAAUUUGGAAACAUGACAGCAUUUUAAGUUACUGAUUUGAUUGGUGCUGGUGUAUCACAGGUUGACAGCCAAAAUCAUGAUUUUAUUUCUCUUUCAGAAUUAUUCUGUUUGUUCAACUCUGUAUACACUGUGAUAUUGUAAUUGAAUUAAAGUUUUAAAAAGA